AUUCAUUUAGUCAUCUGCCAACUAAUCAGUCGGUCUUCUUUAUCGAUGUCUUCGUUCUCGCACUAUCGUCUAGUUGAACGUUUACCCGGUCCCGAUGCUUUGGAAAGAGCUAGUAAUUGACGGCGGCAAAAGUAGGAUGUGCAGGUAGUAAAAUCUUGAUCAAAAUUUGCCGAGUACAUGAGUUUAGUCGUGACCGAUCAUUUAUGUGCGCGAGGCGCGAAGCAAGCUGCGAAUUGCAGAGUGCAGUUGGGAAAACAAAAUUGGUCUAUAUUGGAUAGAUGCAUUCUGUCUGACAACGAUAUUUUAUUAACUGUUGAGGUACCAUAUCAAGUUAUAUUUAUACGAGUAGAAUGAUUAUGAAUGUGUGCAUUAUAUUGUCGAUCUUCAUACUAUAAAGCAUUACGUACGUACAACCAACGAAUUGGCAUGCAGGAAUUGAAGAAGCGUUCAAAAUAUUAUUUAUAAAAGCUCUACCAGAUAAUGCCUACCGUCAGUUCGAGAGUAACACCUGCCCGAGCGAGAGAGCGCGAGUCCAUUCGAUCUCGCUCUCAUUACAAAUAGAGGAAAUUGAAUCUGUCUUUUUGUCUCGUUUUGAAUGCUCGGAAAUUUCGUAAAUCGUAGUCAGAAGAUCCAGCUAUAAACCAACGUAUCACCUAUGAAACGAAGCCACGGGUUUCGGAAUAUACGUAUAGAUAUACAUGACGUAUUUGCAACAGCAAGGACAGAGCAAAAGGUUUUAUUAAUCUAUCAAUUAUUCGUCAGCUCGUGAAUGCGCUGCCGUUAUAAUUACGUGUAGUAUGUUAGAAAGAAAGUAGACGUGCCCUAAAAUGGACUCAGAUACUCAACAAACAGAGGAAAAGCCAUCGGAUAAAGAAGAUGGAUUUGCGUGGCAGGAUUAUUUGGAUGGAACAAAGAGUCUGGAAGUUCCUCAGAUCAUGUUUCCACAUGUUGAACUCGGUUUACAAAGUGGAAUCGAAAUUGGCAUGUCCUUAGAAGUGCCUCGUUUCCCAGAGGCAGAUAAGGAACCUCUUUACUGGGUUGCUUCAGUAGUGAUGACUUGCGGUCCACUUCUGAGAUUACGCUACUUUGGUGGAGAUGAUAGGUCGCUUGAAUUUUGGUGCAACCUGACUAAAGAAGCUGCACACGAAUUGGGGUGGUGUCUGAGAAACAACAAAAUACUGGAGCCCCCAGAAUUUGUGCUCAAGCGCUCACCGUACUGUAUGGAACAAUUGACUGAGUUUGUUACGACCGCCAAAUCUGUACCCUCAGAAGUGCUUACUGGAGAUGGCUUGAGCAUGACCGAGAGAAUUAAGCAAGGCACUAGAGUUGAAGCUAGCGAUAUUCAGCAUCCCUAUAAACUGUGGCCUGCCACGAUUAUAGAAAACGUUGGUGGCCGUUUGUUGCUACGAUAUGAUACUCCUGGGUCACCUGUUAAGGAUUUCUGGUUAUUUUGCACCUCGGAGCGCUUGCAUUAUGAUGGUUUUGUUUCUAAUGUGGGAAGUCAUUGGUUUCUCGAACCACCGAGUGCUAUACUAGAAUCGCACAGUUAUGAAGAAUGGAAAGCUCUCACCGAAUCUGAGCCAAGAGUUCAGCUGGUUCGGAAUAAUUUGUUCAACAAUUUUUCUGACCACCCAGACCAUAAUUUUGAAGUUGGGAUGAAAUUAGAAGCCAUUUCACCAAUUAAUAGGGUUGAGAUAUGCCCAGCAACAGUAGUCAAAGUCUUUGACCAAAAAUAUUUUCUUGUUCAAGUUGAUGUGUAUGAAGAACCUGGAAAAGUAGAGGAUUCAGGAAACAUGGAUAGAUUGACAUGGCUGUGCACUGCCGAUCACCCCUAUAUUUUCCCCAUUGAGUGGACCAAGAAGAAUAAUAUAAGACUCACACAUCCAAGAGGUUGGAUCUCUAAGUCGGAAGAAUUUGAUUGGGAUGCAUAUUUGGAGGCUACAAACUCUAAGGCUGCGCUAGAGUCUUCGUUUACAGAGAGACAGAGUGCCCUUGAUGCAGGCUUUGAGAUAGGGAUGUACUUGGAGGCUGUGGACCCAGAAAAUGAGAAUACAAUCUGUGCAGCACACAUAACAAAAAUUGUAGAUAAUCUCUUAUGGAUCAAGUUGGAUAAUUACGAGGAUUUUCGGCCAGAACACAUUGUCUCAACGCAUUCUUUGCAAAUAUUUCCUGUUGGAUGGUGCGAAUCAAACUCAUACACAUUGAAACCACCAAAAGACUACGUAGAAGUGUGUAAAAAAUUAAGAACACCACCCAAAGUAGUUAAGAAAAAUAACAUUCUGGAUAUUCCUAUAUCUGAGCCAAGGUCCUCUUUAUGGUGUCCAAAAAUAUAUUUCAAUUAUCGAUGUUUCACUGGUCCCAUGAUAUCGAAAGGAAAAUUAGCGACGCUACCCAAAGCUGUUGGUCCAGGACCUGUGACUCUGGUAAUGAGGGAAGUCCUAUCUAUGAUCGUAUCAGUUGGCUAUAGAAGUGCUAGAAUAUUGAAGGUUCUUCAAUGUGAUUCGAAGCCAGAUCCAGGAUACCAUUUGGAAAUUUUGAAAGCAAAGCAUAAGAACAAGACGUAUAGGGCCAGUGUGGCAGUUAUUACAUCUGGGGACAUGGUUCCAAAUUUUUGUAGGGACAUCUGCAAAAAAUUAAUGGUGUGUCCAAACUUGUUUGGACCACUAUACAUCCCUGAAGAUGAAUGCCCAGACAAGUGCCACAGAUCUUCGAAAAGCAAAUUCAAUACAGCAUCAGCAGCAAAUGGACGACGUGGUAAACCAAAAGGCUACACGAGUAUAUUGGUGCAAAAACCAAAGCCCUGGAGAGGUGGUCGUAGAAAGCGAAAAGGGCGAUGGGGAAACAAAGACAAAGAAAAGGAAAAAGAAGAGGAUGUUGAAUGUCUCGACGAUGAAGUACAACUUCUGCCGUUAGACCCAACGAAAAUAAAGGUUGAAGAAAGCAUUGGAACUUUGGAUGAUAGGCCUCCACUUUCGGAAAUAGAUAUUAUGAUACAGAAGGAUUUGGAAAAGUCUGAAAAACAGGAAAAAUUUUGUAAAACUGAAUCGCCAUCAAGUAAUGUUUCAGAGGAUUCAAGGAGUUCAUUCAAUGAUAGAAAAAGUAAGGAUAGUAAUGUUGAAAGUCCGAGUAGCUCAAGCAGCAAAGUGAAAUCAAAGAAUAGUAAUUCUGGUGACAACAAUGGUAGAAAUGCUAAAAGAGACCGAGAAUGGGAUACGAGCAUUGAAUCAGAGUACUCGGACACCGAAGCAGGGUACCACAUAGCACACGUAAAACAACGGAGACCAAAGACUAGGAAACUUGAUUCAAAUCCAUUAUUCUGGAGCGUGGACGACGUUUUUCGUUACCUCAGAAAAACUACGGACUGUAAAGAUAUCGCUUAUAGAGUAAAACAAGAGGAGAUAGAUGGUUUGGCAUUUCUGUUGUUGAAUCUACCAUCUCUUACUCAACACAUGAAACUGCGGAUGACUUCAGCAAUGAAACUGUGUCGACAUGUAGAACAGAUAAAAGUAACUUUUUUCUUACGCCAUAUAAAUGAAGUAGAACCAGAGCAAUAUCACAUACUUUAGUUUGUAGAUAAUGAUGAUACAGUAUAAAUAUAAUCAGAGUAAACUGAGCACCGUAUUUAUGCCGUAACGAUUAGAACUUUGGAUCGAUAAACAAUUAUCCAUUCAGUGGAUACGAAUGGUAGUGUAAUAUUUAAUGCAAUGAUAGAUGAUAAAUUAUUGACCAGGUCAUCCAUGAAAUUAACGUAUUGAGGAAUUUAAUUACAAUAAUUGUUGAAGUUUGUCAACCAAUAAAAAGUAUUUAUUAAAUCAGUCA